AUGAAAUGUCAAUGUCAGAUUGCAAAUGUUUUUAAUGAGUACUUUUCUUCUGUUGGAAAAUCAGUCAAUGAUGAUUUUAAGAAUCUUCAGCAUAGAUAUAGGGGCAUUCCAAUCAAACAAAGCAUGUACUUGGCCCCAACCAAUAACAAGGAAGCCAAAAACAUAGUAAUGUCAUUAAAAAAUACAAAGUCAGCAGGCUAUGAUGGAUUGUCUAUCUGUACACUGAAAAGAUGCACAGACAACAUAUCUGAUGCCAUGGCCACAGCAGUAAAUGAUGUAAUUGCAUCAGGUUGUUUCCCAUAUAGUCUAAAGACAGCACAAGUAACCCCGAUUCACAAGAAAGGUGAUAAAUCUAAAAUUGAAAACUACUGCCCCAUCUCAAUCUUACCUGCAUUUUCUAAGGUAGUUGAGAAAGUUAUUCAUACUAGACUAAUGACAUUCCUGAGUCAACACAAUUUAAUAUUUGAAAGUCAGAAUGGCUUUAUGAAAAACAAGUCAACAUCAGUAGCAGCAGCACAAUUAAUAGACAAAAUAAUAAGGGCCAUAGAGAACAAGGAGUAUGUAACUGUACAAAAAUAUUGUAUGCAGAUGACACAUCAAUAG